AUGACAAUCCAAGCCAACCACGGUGCUUCCAUCGAGGAUAUCAUCGCGAUCGGACCCGAGUCUGAAGGUGUGCAUAGAUGGCGUGAGAGAUGUGGAAUCAAAACGGACGAGCAGAUUCGUUUAGUGAAACUGGCACAUAUGCGCUAUCAACACCCUGAUCUCGACGAAAUUACUGUUUUUCUUGAAGACUUUGGAAUGACCAUUGCAAAGAAAAGCGAUGAAGAAGUUUGGUAUCGGGGAUAUGGAGUGGACCCCUAUGUCUACUACGCGAAGAAAGGACCGAAAAAGUUUCUGGGUGGCGCCUUUGAAGUUGAGUCGUAUCAGGACUUGGUGAAGUGA